AUGCAAGCGCAGCCGCUGCUGCCAGCAGGAGCAGCAGCAACAGCAGCAGCAACAGCAACAGCAGCAGCAGCAAAUCCACCUGGUGCAGCAAGACCCCCUCUAGCGCGGCUGGGGGCCCUCCUUAGCAGUGUGGGGGCCCUCAGCUCUUCGCCAGCAGCAGCAGAUGUGCUGAGUGUGCAGCAGCAGCAGCAGCUGCAGCAAGAGCUGCAGCAGCUUCUGCUGCUGCAUCUUGCUGCAGCGCAGCAGCAAGGAAGGGCUGUUGCUGCUCCUUUGUCUGCUGCUGCAGAGAUGGAGGAGAGAGCAGAAGUCUUACAAGAGCUACAAGACACCCCAACAUGCAGGCGCCCCACAAGCAGCACACUGCAGCAGCAGCAGCAGCAGCAGGAAGGCGUGCAGGAGGUGCAGAGCAGGGGAUGA